GGAUCAAAUAUGGAAAAUAACUAGUUGUACUCCUUCCGUCCCAAAAAGUCAGUCCCGUUUCGAAAAGUUUGCAUCCCUUAAAGUCCGUCCCAUUUCUAUUAAAAAACCACUUUUACCCCUUACUUUUUCAUACUGUUGGGAAAAAUAUUAUAGAUUUUGAUGAUGAUAUAUUUAGAAUGUAAUAGGGACUUUAGGUCUCCCCCAAUAUUCAAUGUAAUUUUUUCUUUUUAGAAAUAUUGUCAAAACCGAGCUCUUGAGAUUUCCAAUAAAGCUGUGAUAUUUCUUUAAGCGUUUUGAUGCCUGAAGACUUAAUCAAAUUCAGUAAUAUGAAAAUUGGAGAACUUCAAAGGAAGAAGAAGAGGAAAAUCAACUCUCCAUCAACAUCUGGAAAUGUCAAUCCGGAUGAGUUGAAGGAGAAGGAGCCUGCUGAGGAAACCUCUACCCAUAACCGGAGCCCUCAACAAUUUGAAGAAGAAACUCCUCAAGACCAACAGCUGAAGAAUGAGAAGAUUAUCAAAAAGUGCUUAAGUAUUCCAGUCAACCACAACUGUGAAGACAUUUUGGAUGACUACUGGGUAUGGCAAAGGAAUCCUGAAGACCUACAUAUGGAAUACCUGGCCAACACACCAGUUUCAGACUGUGAAGCAGAUGAUGAAGACACUGCUGUCUUCAAGCCAGUCUUCACUAGAGCCACAGAAGAACAAAUGGCUCUCACCUCUAAAGAAAUAGCUGUUUUGGAAGCAACAGCUGAGGAUUUCCCUAUCUUUCCGGAAACCUCACCUGCGUUUGAAAUGGUUCUGACUGAAACUAUUCAAGAGAAGGCAGCCUCUCCCCCACAAGAGCAGAACCAGGAAGCAAAUGAAGAAGAAGAAUUUCUGCAACUGAUCCAAUCUCAAGUGCUCGAGAUCCUCACAACCCCUUGUGAGAUCUCCAACCAGACACAACUUGAGAUUCUGGAAAAGUCAGCAGAAAUUCCGGAACAGUCAGCUAUUCCAGAACCCAUGGAGAAAGAAGUAGAAAUCCAAAGGCACUCUGGAAAAUUUGAGAAGGAAUCUCAGAUGGCAGAAGUGGAGGUCUCUCAAACUCCAAUAGCCAUCUUCGAAGAACCAAAUGAAGCUGAAGAUAGUGACUCCCUCUCCAGAUACAUAUCAAAUUUUGCACUUGAUGCAGCAGAAGGAGAAUCUGAGAGGACACUAAAGCUCUUCAACCCUACCCUUCCGGAUGAGAUACCGGAAAUCUGGACAAAGAAGGUCCAAGAGCUGAUUGAGUCAGCCCUAGCAUCUCAACAGGCCUCAUUUAGACAAGAGAUAGAGCAAAUGGAAGCCAAGUACACUCAACUGCUAGAGAAAUCAGAAGAGAAACACAGCGCAGAUCUAAAGGAGAUAGCCCUAGCAGUAGCUUCAGCAAAUCAGGUAGUAAUCAAAGACUACUUGAAGGUGAUCAUUGACAAUCAAAAGGAAGCAUACAAGCUGUUCAGACUUAUUGGUGCACAUUCUGGGAACCGCAAGAUGGAAGUGAUUCUCCAACAACACAGUCCAUCUCCAAUACCGCAGCUCCCCAUUGCAGUCAAAGAAGGAGAAGCAUCUUAUAUCCCUUCUCAUCUGAACAUGACUAAUCUGAUCCUUGAAGCACAGCAAAGAAAUCCGGAAAACUCAGCACAGCACCUAUCCAGUUCAGGACUGGAUGGAACAGAAUUUAUAGUUGUUGAAGAAGCGCGACCUUCGAAGGAACAACAAAGCCAGCACGAGUGCAGUAGCAACAUUGGCCUUGGGAAGAUAUACCGUGCAGAAAUUCACACAAGUGUAAUUGUUGGUUCAUUAUUCAACAACCAACUACAUAGUGGAUUUUGAGGACGUAGAAGGAUUACCCCACCUUCGAACCUCGUUAAAGUUUGCGUGUCUCUCUCUUUUAUCUUUACUCUUACUCGCAAUUAUAUUAACUGUGAAAACUGACCCAUCCAUAUUGAUUGCUGCUCACUCUACCCACCAAAUUCCGCACAUAAUCUAAAGUUCACAAGAACUCUAGAUUAACACUUAUUUUCACGUUUUCUAAAGAAACGAAAAAGAUUUUA